GACCUCUGGGCACACCCUAGAAAGCGCCUGCGUGAAAGGAGUCGAUCGAUGUUUGUUUGGAUCUAUGAGCGCCAGGCACGGUGUGCUACCUUCGACUUGGAAUUUUUUUAACGACAAGAAGGCCAGAUAGUCUGUAAUAAAGCAACAUGAGUCAAGUGUCAGUUUUGGAUGUGUUUGAAGACAUGCCAGCCCAGGACAGCACAUCUUUCCCUGACCCUGUUGGAGCUGAAGGGGGAGACUGUGUGGUGUGUGGAGACAAGGGGUCUGGCUUUCACUAUGGUGUGUACAGCUGUGGGGGAUGUAAAGGGUUCUUCAGGAGAACUGUGACAAAGGGUUACGUUAAGGCAUGCAAGUCAGGGAGUAAGUGUAACAUGGACAUGUACACCAGGAGGAAGUGUCCUGAAUGUCGUCUCCGUUCAUGCAGGGCUGCUGGCAUGAGAUCAGAGUGUCUUCUUACCCAGGCUCAGUGCAGGUCAAAGUUCCUUUAUCGCAAAAAAUCUGAAACACCAAAAUCAGACCAUCCCAUUUCAUCACCCAAUCAGGAAGUGCCUGUUCAGCCACCACCCAAUCAGAGCACUGGGACAGAUGUGCAGCAGCAACAGAACCUAGUCAGCGACAUUUCCAACCAAUCAGAGACCUGUAGUUUGGGAGAAGUAUCAGUUCCAUCUACCAGUAGCACUCAGCCUUUUGAGACUGUGCCUGAACCAGUCUCUUUCUCACAACUCAAUGACAGCAAUGGCACCAACUUGGUCGAUGAAAUCAUUUCCUCAUUUAUGGAUUUUGGCUCUGAGAACCCGGUGUUAACUCGAACUGACUCAACAGGAAGUGAUGACAUGCUUUCUUUCUUAGCUCUCCUUGCAAACGAGACACAGUCAAUUGAUGAGAAUGACCUUGACCCAAGCAUAGGGUUGUUUGAUGAAGUCCCUGCAACUACACCAAUCCAGAGCAACAGCUCCAUCGAGCAUGCUGAAAACCUUCUCUCCCUUCAGAGAGGUGAAGCAAACUUGCAAGCGACUGUUUCUGCAUCAACCAAUGGGCAAGCAUCAGAGGAGAACUCUGAAUCGUCCACAAGUGAUACGCCUACAGAAAGUGUCAAUCAAGCUACCAACCCUUGUGAUCUAAAAACAAACCUUCAGCUUUCCCAAAAACAUCAGUCAGCUGAUGAAGAUAAGGCAACUAAGGAGCACACAUGCAGCUUAUUUAGACCAGGGAAGAUACAAAAAUUUGUGAGGCCAGAUGCUGUUCAAAAUCUUUCCCCAGAGUAUCAAGCAAUAGUUUCAGAAAUUGCUACCUUUCGGAAGAGUUGGUGUGAAAAGCAUCACAAGACACUGUGCGUACUAAUUAAGGGAAGUAUUCAAGAUAAUAGCAAAAAAGAAAGGCAGGCUCGUUUUGUUGCUUACAUGGGUUCAGUGAUGGAGAAGAUGGUUGAGUUCAUCAGGACUGUUGUUCAUUGCUUUCAAGAUCUCUGCAUUGAGGACCAGAUUGCAGUUGUGAAGGCAUCCUUUUUCGACUGCUGCAUGAUAAAGGUUCCUAUCCUCUUGGCAAACUUCAAUGGUGGUGUUCAUGUCUUGAAACGCAUCUUACAGGCAGUGCACACUGAAGUGUUCAACGCCACCCUGAUGAAGUGGUAUGAAGGGAUGCUGGACCUGAAAAUAGACAUGACUACACUGGACCUCCUGCAGUGUGUGAUAGUUGUUUCUCCUGAUCGGCCAAAUAUCAAAGGGCGUGACACACUGGAACAGUCGUAUGCACAGUACAUCGAGUGUCUGCGUGCUUACUGCAAAGUCGCCUACCCAGAGAGCCACUUGAUGUUUCACCGCCUGCUGAGUAAGCUGACGGAAGUUCGCACCAUUGGCACAGCCUUUGGGAGAAGCAUCAGCUCCGAGUGUGAGUCCAUCAUCAGAGAGCAUCCCCUGGUUUCUGAGAUUUGGAACCGCGACUGAUGUAAGGGAUUACAAGUGUUGAAUUGAGCGGUCCUCUCAGCCUCAGAUUUAAUCCUAUCUCAGGAAAUCCUUGCUUAGCUCCUGGCAUGAUUUGACCUAAUUUCAUUAUCUGUAUCGUAAUAGAUAUGCCAAUUUUAUCUCUCAAGAUGACAACAUGACCAUAAUGUACCUUGUAACAAGAUUUUUUUCAAAUACAAAAUGUAAUGGAAUGACUACUAAAAAAAGACCUUUCCCUGUAUUUGGGUUGGCUGGGGCAAAUCUUUAAGUUGAUGGAAAGAUUGUGACUUUGCUGUAUUUCUAUUGAAGCUUUGGAACUAUUCCUGUAAAUUUGCAUUAGAUGCGGCAUUUGCCUGGAAUGAUUAAAUCCGUGUAACCUUAAAAUCAGCAUGUUUGAUUAGCAAAAUACAAUUUCUAUUGGGAUUGCCACUUGUACAAAGUUUAACAGACUUCUCAACUUUUGAAGUUGAAUACAAUAUGGAGCAUAAGAUUUUACACAGUAGUCAGCACUACGUACUGAUAAUCUGAUUGAAUUUUGAAUUUAUGAAAGUUUACUGUUAGCUCUUGUGUUUUGAGGGGCUAUCUUGAGUAUUCAUAGAAAUUACAGUUAUUCUAUGUAGAAGUAUUUUUGUUUAGUUCACAUGUGAUGGCAAGACAUACAUGCACAGAAAUGAUACAACUAUCACUUCAUACUGGUCGUAAUGCUACCAUAUGUCAGUUUGUGUGAAAAUGAAAUAUAAAUGUUGGUCAAUGA